AUGACAACACUUUUUGUAGUUGCUGAUACAAGUUGCGGAAAACGGAAAAUCACUUCUCGGUAUGGUAAAAUUGUUGGAGGAGAAAAUGCAAUAAAAGGGGAAUUUCCAUGGUUGGUGUCUUUGACAAGAAGAGGAGGGCAUGUUUGUGGAGGAACAGUCAUUUCUGAAAAGUUUAUUCUAACUGCUGGGCAUUGUCUAUGCACUGGAUUGAAUCAAGGUAUUUUCAAGCCAGCCGCUUUGAAAGUUACCAUGUCACAAUACGAUCUAACUAUAAAAAACAGUGAGGCAUACCAAAUGAACGUGAAAGCCAUAACUAUUCAUCCAGGAUACGUUUGUUCUCAACCGAAGGAUGAUAUAGCUAUACUGGAACUGGAAAAAGUGAUUCAUUGGUCAGACAGCGUAGGUCCUGCUUGUUUACCAAGUGAAGAAGAGUCCCAAGCUGCUAGGAAUUUCGUAACUGUAGCUGGUUGGGGCUGGACACAUGAGGAUAGUAGUAAAGGACAGCGAGCCACCAUUCUGCAAAAAGCAAAAUUGAGCUUAAUCAAUAUGAGAGAUUGUCGAGAAUGGUACGCAUCGCAAGGAAAAGAUAUAAAAAUUCAAGACAGUCAUAUUUGCGCAGGUUACAAACAAGGUGAAAUCGAUGCUUGUUGGGGAGAUAGUGGUGGCCCUUUGAUGUCAAAUAUCGAUAAGAAUGGAAACCAAACCAUCGUAAUUGGAGUGGUAUCAACUGGAAUAGGAUGCGCAAGGCCUUAUCUUCCUGGAUUGUAUACCAGAAUUUCUGACUAUAUAUCUUGGAUCCAAAAGACAAUUCAAAAAUAA